AUGUACAUCGCCGACGUCUUGGCCAGCGACCUCAUACGACCAACGAGACGCAGCCAUGCAACCCCCGUCCUGAUUCAAGUGCUCCUAGCGCUGAAAUUCUUCGCUACCGGCACCUUCUUGAUCACGGCGGGGGACUUUCUGCAUCUGCAUGAAUCUACAGCGUCACGGUGCGUGCGACGAGUGGCCCUGGCUCUGGCAAAGCAAGCGCCGCACUUCAUACGGUGGCCAACAGCAGCGGAAGUCCCCGAACUGCAGCGGCAGUUCUACGCCGUGGACGGCUUUCCGGGCGUCGUAGGAGCCAUCGACGGCACCCACGUUCGGAUCCAAGGGCCACCGCUGCACGAGGAAGUGUUCGUGAACCGACACUUCUACCAUUCCAUCAACGUGGAGCUGGUGGUCGACGCGCGCUCAAGGAUUCUCAACGUGGUUGCCAAGUGGCCCGGAAGCGUCCACGACUCGUACGUGCUGUCGCAGAGCAGUGUCGGGGAGAACUUCGCAACGGGCGCGUACGGCGGCCUCCUCAUCGGCGACAGCGGCUACCCGUGCAGGCCUUGGUUGAUGGCGCCUUUUCGAUCGCCGACCACGCCGGCCGAGUGUGCGUACAACCAGACGCACGCAACGACUCGGUCCGUGGUCGAAAGGACGAUCGGGCAGCUGAAGCGCCGCUUCCACUGCCUGCACGCCGAGCUGAGGAUGCUGCCAGAACGCUGCUGCACCAUCGCUGUGGCGUGCUGUGUGAUGCACAACAUUGCACAGCACUACACGUGCAGGGAAGGUGACUGUGACCUUCCACCAGAGGUUCCCGUGCCUCCAUCGCCACCCGAAGCAGACGAUGGGGUUGCGCGCCGACAUGCAAUUGUGCACCAACACUUUCGUGCCCGUGUGCCGGCUGCCGAACCUGCGGGCGGUGUGCUGGGGCUUCAGGCUGGUCGUGGACGAGGGGGUCCCGGUCGUCGUCGGCCCGGUGGUACUGGUCGCCCUUCAGCAGCAGCAGCUGCUGCCUCAGGCUCAGGUGGUCCCUCCGCCAUUGGCAGAGGCCUUUCCCGGCGUGGCAGAGGCCUUUCCCGGCGUGGCAGAAGCCCUUCCCGGCGUAGCAGAGGCCCUUCCCGGCGUGGCAGAGCAGCUGCUGCACCAGACUCCAGGGACGUCUUGUCCUCUUCCAGCAACCAGUCCGAAGGCUGGUAGUCUCGUUCCCUCAAACUCCGGCACCUCGAGGAAAAUGACCCCGGAGUCCACAUCGACCUUGUGGCUGAAAGCCCAACUUCUGGCCCAGCCUCAUCAGUUGCUAGCCGCACAUUGGCUGGGGCUGUGUUGACCCUGAGGACAAUCCGCAAGGUUGUGUGUCAUGUCACCCCUGUACAUAUUUUGCAAGCACUCUUAUUUAUUUAUUUAUUUUUGUUUCAGGAAAUCUUUUUGUGUGCUUGUGGAUCAAGCUUGAUCCCUCAGGUCUUGGCCGUUGUGGCUAUUGUAAAAGUAGCUAGGCUCGAGCAGAGCCAAAAUACGUUGUGCAGGUCAAGCCCAAUAUUAGCUGUCGUGGCUAUCAGUUGUGAAUGCAGCUGGCUUCAAGUGGAGCCAGUGUGCAGUGUU